AUGGCACAAACAAUUUUACGUCUUUGUAAUUACAUUAUUAGAGACGACUUUGGUACAAAUGUCGAACAAGUGGCAAAAGUUCUUUUACAAAAAGGACGACUUCCCUUGUUAUUAAUAGCAAAAUUCUCGAAGUUUACAUUAUCCAAAACACGCGAAUGUCUUUUCAUAUUGAUACAACAUAAUUUAGUUUAUUGGGCUGAAACAAAAGAAGGCAAGAGAAUUGGAAUUUAUUAUUCUAUUGAGAAAGAUGAAAUUUUGGCUAGGUUGAAUUUUGGUAUCUAUAUUAAAAAUGCCAACGAAUGGGAAGCGAAUGAAAUAAUUAAGAUUAUAUUGCUUAAUGGCAAAGCAACAUUUCAAGGAUUAAUUGAAGAUAUGAAAAUUUCAAAACGAACGAAUAAAUACAAAGACGCUAAAGAAAUUUUCUUAAAAAUGAUCGAAAAAAAUUACAUCACACCGGUUAGUUUUUCGGAUUCAAAAUCAGCUCAAGAUAAAGCAUCAGAAGCCGAACAACGUGAAUUAGCAAAAAUGACAAGUUUCAUACCUACUAAAAAACAAAUGGCAGAAGUUAAGGCUAAACUUGCCGCCGAUAUUAGCACGGAUGAUAUUUCAACUGGAUCGCAACGAAAAGGAGAAGCAACAGGAGAAGUAACAUUAGAUGAAAAUCAAUAUUAUCGUGUAAAUUAUGAAAAAUUCAAUGUUAAGGCGAGAAAUAAGAGAUUUGAAAAGUUUGUUACGGCCCAUAUCAAUAAAUCAGCAGGAAUAAUUAUGAAAACUAUACUCAACGUUGCUGAUGACGAUAAAAGUAUUCCAGUUGAAAAAUUUGAAUUAUUAGCUUCACAAAUUAAAACGGAAAGGGGAAAAUCUACUCGGGAAGCACUUGUUCGACAAUAUUUAGAUUAUCUUAUAGAAGAUGAAACAAAAGUUUUACAUAAAAAAGAUGAAAAUUUAGGUGGAAUGUAUAGUAUUAAAUAUCAAGAAUUAUGUGAAUCAUUAAAACGUGAAAUCUUUGAAGAUAUUAUAUUAGAAAAGUAUGGAAUAAUGGGAUUAAGAAUAAUAAGAGUAUUAAAUUCUAAACAAAAAUUGGAUGAAAAAUCUAUUACUACAUUUACUUUAAUGAGUUUGUCUGAUGUUCGUCAAAAGUUAACGGAAUUACUUAACGAAGGAUUUGUUCAAAUUCAGGAAGUACCAAGAUCAGCUGAUAGAGCACCAUCACGUACUUAUUAUCUUUGGUACAUCGAUUACCAAAGAUGUUAUGAAAUAAUAUUAAACAAAUAUUAUUUAACUUUAGCGAAUAUUCAUCAAGUCAGAUUUUCUCAGGAAACUUUAGCCGCAACAUUAUUAGAAAAGAAAGAAAAUGAAGAAGCUUUAAAACAAUUAAAUAAUAAUAGUUAUAUUCAAUUAUUAACUGAAAAUGAAAAAAAAUCAUUAAAUGAUUUGGAACAUCUUUUAAAUCAAUUAGAUACAUCUCAAUUAAGAAUUAUUCAAGAUAUUAUACAAAAUCUAUCACCCGACUUGCCGUCACCUGAAAGGAAAUCGCAACCCGUAAAUAUGAUUGAGAAAUUUGAGAAUUUUUUUAUCUAA